CUGCGGAAUAGCAGGCUCAGCUGGGGCUGGAAAAGGGUGGUGAUGGGUGGGGCUCUGGUGGCAGAGGAGUGGAAGAGGUUUGACAAUGGCUUGAAGGAGAGGGUGGAGAUAGUUAAGCAGCGGAGCUUGGAUGCGGAAGAACGAAAUAUGGCAAACAUUUCUCUGCUGCAGUCUGUUCACAGCAUCUGUAAUUUUGAGACAACAUUUCAAUUGACCGACAUCAACUCAGCCAUCAAAAUACCUGGAGCGGAGAGUUGCAGAGGGACGGGAUUUGGAGACUCCGGUCUGAAAGCUGCGCGAGCGGCAGUGAGAUUCCGGGGACUGAGGCAGCGCGAGAGGCAGUAA